AGAAAAAUUCAGGUAGAGACUUGACAGAGGCAGAUGGAGCAGAGAGGCUGAGUUGGGGAAGAUGUUUGGUUCUCUCCGUCCAGCUGCUACCCCAGUAUUUGGCUCGUUACCACCUUCCUCGAGCAAGAAAUGCGCCAGGGCACCUGGACGCAAAUGGCAGAUUACUAAACAACUACCAUGUGUUUCUCCAAACUCCUGUAAGAGUUGUGUGUUCCUAUCCUCAUCCACGAUCUUGGAAAAUUUGAAGGUAGAUCAUAGCUUUCGAAUCUCAGCUGUUCUCACAGACAACAAUCCAAGAAUGACAAACUUUGAGAGAGAUUCAGAAAAUAUUGGUAUUUUGGUUGUUGAUCCAGCCUUGGAAGGAUAUAAAGAUCACUUCAGAUAUAGAAUGAAGAGAUAUGUAGAUCAAAAAAUGCUUCUUAUAAAACAUGAAGGAGGUCUCAAGGGAUUUGCACGAGGCUAUUUACAAUUUGGAUUCAACAGAGAAGAAGAUGGGAUUGUGUACCGUGAGUGGGCCCCUGCCGCCCAGGAAGCAGAAAUAAUUGGGGAUUUUAAUGGAUGGAAUGGUUCCAACCAUAAGAUGGAAAAGAAUGAAUUUGGUGUUUGGAGCAUCAAAAUUCCCGAUUCUGGUGGUAAUCCAGCUAUUCCUCACAAUUCAAGGGUAAAGUUCCGAUUCAAGCAUGGCGAUGGGGCAUGGGUUGACCGGAUUCCUGCUUGGAUAAGAUAUGCAACUGGAACCCCGGAGGACCUUAAGUAUUUGAUUGAUAAAGCACAUAGCUUAGGUCUGCAAGUCUUGAUAGAUGUUGUCCACAGUCAUGCAAGUAACAAUGUCACUGAUGGUCUUAAUGGCUAUGAUGUUGGCCAAAGUUCACAGGAUUCUUAUUUCCACACUGGAGAUCGAGGUUAUCAUAAAUUAUGGGAUAGUAGACUCUUUAACUAUGCUAACUGGGAAGUGCUUCGCUUCCUUCUAUCCAACUUAAGGUGGUGGCUCGAGGAGUUUAAAUUUGAUGGAUUCCGAUUUGAUGGAGUUACAUCAAUGUUGUAUCAUCAUCACGGGAUCAACGUGACAUUUACAGGGAAUUAUGACGAGUACUUCAGUGAGGCGACAGAUGUUGAUGCUAUUGUUUAUUUGAUGUUGGCCAAUUCUCUGAUACACAGUAUCUUACCGGAUGCAACUGUAAUUGCUGAAGAUGUCUCAGGCAUGCCAGGACUUAGUCGACCUGUCUCAGAGGGGGGUGUUGGCUUUGAUUACCGUCUGGCCAUGGCCAUUCCUGACAAAUGGAUUGAUUACUUGAAGAAUAAGAAUGAUGAAGAAUGGUCAAUGAAUGACAUAUCAUGGAACUUGACAAAUAGGAGAUACACUGAAAAGUGUAUAUCUUAUGCCGAGAGUCAUGAUCAGGCCAUUGUCGGUGAUAAGACUAUUUCAUUUCUUUUAAUGGACAAAGAAAUGUACUCUGGUAUGUCUUGUUUAGCAGAUGCUUCUCCUACUAUCGAACGAGGGAUCGCACUUCACAAGAUGGUACAUUUUAUAACUAUGGCAUUAGGAGGUGAAGGGUACCUUAAUUUUAUGGGAAAUGAGUUUGGCCAUCCUGAGUGGAUCGAUUUCCCAAGAGAAGGCAAUGGUUGGAGUUAUGAAAAAUGUAGAAGACAAUGGAAUCUUAUUGAUACUAAUCACUUGAGAUACAAGUUCUUGAAUGCAUUUGACCGAGCUAUGAACUUGCUUGAUGAUAAGUAUCCAUUUCUUUCAUCCACAAAGCAGAUUGUCAGCAGCACAAAUGAAGAAGACAAGGUGAUUGUCUUUGAGCGUGGAGAUCUGGUUUUUGUAUUCAAUUUUCAUCCAGACAAUUCAUAUGAUGGGUACAAAGUUGGGUGUGACUUACCAGGGAAGUACAGAGUGGCACUGGAUAGCGAUGCUUGGGAAUUUGGUGGACAUGGAAGAGUGGGCCAUGAUGUAGACCAUUUCACAUCUCCUGAAGGAAUACCAGGAGUGCCUGAAACAAAUUUCAACAACCGUCCUCACUCCUUCAAAGUGCUCUCACCGCCUCGCACAUGUGUGGUCUAUUACAGAGUGGAAGAAAAUCAGGUAGAAAACAGUAACCCAGCUUUGAUCAGUGCUGAUAAGAUAGCAGCUGGAGAUGCUGUAGUUGAGCAGGAGGAUGUUGAAGAAUCAGCUCCUGGGGAACAUCCUGAUUUCCGAGGUAGCAAAGCAGACGAUGUCUUCUGAGGAAGAUGCAGAUAUUGGUGGUACACACAAAGUAGAGGCUCUAAAAACCCAACCGAAGACACAAACCCAAUUAUGAAUCUUCUGCGCAACGGUACAAAUCCGACUAGUUGUUUUAAGUGUUUAAUUUUGCAAUUAAGUGACUAGAAAUAUGUAUUCCGAGAUUUUCUAUAUAACUUUUAAGUUUUGUAGAGAAGACUAUCGUAAUCUACAACUCUGACUGUGUAUCAUAUUUUGGCUGAGACCACAGCUGCAAUAGACAAUAAAUCUUGUUGAGAUUUAAGGGCAUCAA